CUUCUGAGAAUUUAGUGAUGAUAUUUCAAGUUAAGGAUAGCCACGGCUCUAUAAAAGGUCAUUUUUGGUAAAGGACGUGAGGGCGCUUGUGGAAGGCACUGCAGGCGCAGCUUGGGCUCAUAGCGUUUUUUGGGUUCAAAAGCGAGUGGACUUCACUUCAUCAACGCCACACAGCCAUGCCCUUGCGACCGAGGGCUUCCUCUCAACCUGGAAGAGCGAACACCCUUCCGAGCCUCAAAAACAUCCCGGGUCUGCGUCCGAGAGCUUUGUCGUCCCGUACGCAGUCGCCCUUAGAAGAUGAGCUCUCUUGUCCGGUCUGCUGCGAGAUCUUCACCGAUCCCGUGGUGUUGAAGUGCAGCCACAGUUUCUGCCGCCUCUGCCUUCAGGGCUUCUGGAACAAGAAGGCGGCCAAGAGGGAAUGUCCCGUGUGCAGGAGGAAGUGUUCUCUGACGGAGCCCACCGUGAGUCUGGCUCUGAAGAACGUGUGUGACGCCAUCGCAAAGGAGCAGAAAGGACAAGAUUCUGCGAGGUACUCGGCCAACGGGACGUCCAAACCGGAGACUCUCUGUGCCACGCAUGGAGAAGGACUCAAAUUGUUCUGCCAGUAUGAUGAAGAGGUUCUCUGUUGUGUUUGUCAGACGUCCAAGAAACAUCAAGGCCAUAGCGUGUGUCCUUUGGAAGAGGCAGCGAACGACCUCAAGGAGGAACUGCGGCAGAUAGUCGUCCCACUUAAGAAAAGUCUUCGACGCCUCUAUGAGGCCAAACAGGAAUGUGAUGACAUAACUGUCCACAUCAAGAACCAAAGACAUCAGACAGAGAAACAGAUUCACGAGGAGUUCGAAGAGCUUAGGCAAUUUCUUCUGAAGGAGGAAGCUGCAAGGAUUGCUGCGCUGGCAGAAGAAGAGGAGACCAAGAAACAGACGAUGAAGAAGAAAACGGACAUAAUCGCUCGUGAUAUACUCACCUUUUCUCAGGCUGUUAUGGCUAUUGAAAACGAGAUUGCUAAUGCUGACAGCCUCUUUUUACAGAACUACAAGAAUGUCAAAAAGAGAGCUCAGAUAACGUUUAGCGAACCGGAAAACAUCCCCGAUUCUCUAAUAGACGUUGCAGAGCACAUGACCUCGCUGAAGUUCAGAGUGUGGGAAAAAAUGCAGAGCCUCGUGGAAUACACUCCAGUGUCGUUGGACCCCAACACAGCGUACCCCUGUUUGUCUCUCAGCAAGAACCUGACGAGUGUGUCCAACACGGGGUCGAUGAAAGAGCUGCCUGACAACCCGGAGCGCUUUGACCACUUUGUUUUCGUACUGGGCUCCAAGGGUUUCACUUCAGGAUGUCACUCCUGGGAGGUGGACGUGGGCCGAAAUAACGACUGGGUAAUCGGUGUGGUUAAAGAAUCAGUAGCCAGGAAAGGCAAAAUCUCAGGCUGUCCCGAAGGAGGAUUCUGGACCAUCGCUCUCUCUGAUGGGAAGUACACUGCCAUGACCACCCCACAUACACCGCUCAGCCUGAAGGGCCACCUGGAAAGGGUCCGGGUGAAGAUCGACUAUAACAACGGAGAGGUCAGCUUCUUUGAUUCAGUGGGUGUCACGCCUAUCUACACAUUCAGUGACCACUUUACUGAGACGAUGUUCCCUUUUUUCUGUCCGGGGGCCAAUAUAAAUGGGAACAAUCCAGGGCCGUUGAAGAUCUGCCCUGUGAGAGUGGCAGUAUGGAACAGCGCCUCCUGGUGAUGCCAGGAUAAUUAUGUACUUCUGCUCCAGUUAUACAGUACCAGUCAAAGAUUUGGAAAGGUUUACCUUGUAAUCAUAAUACGAUUUUUUAAUCAAAUCAUUAAAUAAGUCAAGUUGAGGUACGACCAGGUGUGACCAAUAUUUGAUCUUCAUCACACUCUGGGCGUUCUCACUUGUGAGGUGCAUUCUGGGAUGCAUGUUCACAAGUAUGCUGGAAAUUUUUAACUGAUUUAAAAAAAAAAAAUAGAACCAUAUAAAGGCAAGCUGUCAUGGAAUUUGGGAAUUGCAUGGAAUUGCAUCUGGGCUUCCAUGAAAAUCUUUAUAUUCCACAAAACGUUCUUUAUAGAAGAUUCCUUAGAUUUUUUUCUUGACUAUGAAGUCUUGUGUUACCUGUAAAAUCUAAGUAAGGACACAACUCCUUUAAGAGUAGUUAUCAGCCCAUGUUGUUUAUUGUUAACUUGAACUGGCCGUAAUUAAUAUUUCAAUUAUUUCUCAAAUCUGAAGUUCUCAAUAUCAAACUAUAUACCCAAUAACUGCUUAGUCUUCUUUUCCCCACCAGUAGUUACUUAUCUUUUAAUGCCAUGAAGGUUUCUUAGCGAUACGACUUGACUUUUAAAUUUAAAGCACAGAAGACUGUCACGCAUGUAAAAAUAAUUUUACAUAGGCAUUUGCUGAACAGAUUUUACAGCUCACAAGAAGCUAGGUCAAGUAUGUCCAGACCUUUGAUUGGUAGUACAUGAUGUUAUGUUUUAUGGCCAGUUUGUUGACUAUGAAAGUAAAUGUUUGGAUAGUUCAACUAAUAUUUACAUUUACCUUAUUAAAAAAAAUGUCACUGAUAUGUCAUUUCAACUGAUGAGAAAAGCUAGUUGUAUAAAUUUUCACGACGGUAGGUUUAGUAGAAGUUUAAUAAUCUCAGUAGAUCAGUGUAAUAUAGUUUAUAAAAUGUAAAGAUACUUGUCAAAAUAUAAAAAGUCUAUUUUAAGACAGUAUUGCUUGCCGAGGCGCAUGUAGUGCAGUAAUGCUGUCAGAAAACUCUAAAUACAAAAUAUGUUUUGUGAUGGUUUUUUAAAUCAUGAAUGGAAAAUGCUGACACAAUAUUGAAGUAUUGUUUGUUUUAUUUAUAGAACAUGCAGUAAAUGAAGUUAAUCAUUAAUGACUUGUAACUUUAAUUAUGAAAAUCUGUAAAAUAGAUGAUCUGGAUCAACCCUUAUACUUUUUCUGGUUUACAAGGGCAUUGUUUUUCCAGUGUAGACAUAAAAUUGUGGUAUUGUUUGUUUUAUUGUAUUAAAUACACAGAGAAUGAAGUCUUAAACAUGUCAGCCAUUAAUGACUAUGCUUAUUCAUAUUGAUUAAAAUAAGUCAUCUGGAUCA